UAAUAUUUUAUUUAAAUUGUUGCAUAUAAUUUUUUUAGACGUAUUCAACACACAAUGGAAAGUGUAUGGGUGGGAACGUUUAAGCGUUGGUCGAUUGUUUAGACCGGACAUAAAAGCGUAACACUGAAUUCUGUCAACAUGGCUGCCUCCACAAGGAGUUUAUUAAGAGUAUUAUCCAGAUGUCAGAGACAGGUCUUUAUACCACGCACAUCCUCUGUGUUUUGGAGCUCACUGACUCCACACAGACAGCAGCCUGUCAGAUCCUAUGCUGCUGCAGCUUCUAAGCAGGUGCAGAAAGAGAAAAAAGAAGACCCUGUACAAGAGAAAGUGGUGAAAGAGAAAAGAAAGAUUGAUGAUAAAGACAGGCAUAAACCCUUUGGACUCACUGCUUGGGCUCCAGUAGAUGAUGUAUACAUGGUCAGGUACUACCCUAAACCAGUGUAUGAGACAGCCGUGGCUAUUGAAAUGCUGAAGAACUUUCAGAAGCUGGACUUUAGUCCUGAAAACCAGCCUGUUUACAUUAACUUACGUCUGGAUAUGAAGCUGGAGAAAAAGAAAAAAGUGGACCCAUUUGUUAGCACAAUUCAUAUACCACACCCCUUCAAGACGGACAUCAACAAAAUUGUGGUUUUCACUGAGAACCCAGAUAAAGCCAGACUGGCAAUAGAGAAUGGAGCAACAGUUGCAGGUGGAGCAGAGCUGGUUGAGAAGAUUUUAGCAGAUGAGAUAACAGCAGAUUUUUACCUGGCCGAGCCAGACAUUGUGCAAAAGCUGCUCCCUUUGAAGAACAAGCUAAGGAAGAAGUUUCCAAAGAGCAAGAGAGGAUCAGUUGGAAUGAACAUUCCCAAAAUGCUUGCGUUGUUCAAGACUGGUUAUGAAUACAUGGUUGAGGACAUUUAUGUCAACACACAAGUAGCAACACUGGACAUGAGUAAGGAGUAUAUUGUGGAAAACAUUCAGGCCAUUGUAAAAGACGUGGCAAGCCACAAACCUACAGAAUUUGGUCCCUUUAUCGAGCGAGCAGUUGUCUGCAGUAGAACAAGUGAGGGUUUACACAUCAAAAUUGAGGAAAUACUACAACAGGAAGACAAAUAGGCAUGAGAGUUUUGCUUUUGUAUAUAUUUGCAUUGUACAAAAAACACUGUAAUAAAAGGUGAUCUUGUCCAACUGUAUGUUUAUUCAGUAGUGAGUCUUUACUUUACAACAAGUAGAAGAAUGAUCUAGGUAGGGGUGUAACAGAGCUACUGGCCUACUGUGGUCAAAAUUCCACCCUAUACAUGUAGUUUGGCAGAGGAUAGAGAUACAGAAUUCCUGUACUGCAACUUUUUUAUUUAUCAUCCAUAUAAGUGGGUGGAUUUGUUGCAAAGGAUUUGUAACAUUGACCUGUAUUUACUGCCUCAAUCAUAAUAAUAAAAUGAAAUAAGCCUAUAAAAUAUC